GAAGCUGGUGGGGAUCAUCAGCUCUGUUGAGUCAUGAGUCUCCAACUCGAGUACUCCGAGUUCAAUCAGUUUUUAUUUCCUUGCGUUUUUAAUGAUAUCAUAACGGUGGAAUUUCUUAUUACAUGUUCUUUUCUUCUGUCAGUUUUUAAUCAACACAGAGAAGAGAAGUACCAAUACCUAGAGUUUCGAACCCAUCAAUUAAAUUCAAAGCACAACCAACCUCAUCAUUCACACAAUCCGAAACUUCUAUCGAAAAACAGACUCAGAUAUCCUUAAUCCUCAACCGCUAUCAAUGGCUGAUCACCCCGACGAUUUAGACGAACUCCUCGAUAGCGCUUUGGACGAUUUUCAGAAUCUCAAUCUUAAUUCCUCUGUUCAAAGGAGUGAAGAUGGUGGUGGAGAGAAGCCUGCUUUGGCCGGUGGGGUUCAGGGUUUGGGUGGUGGGUUGCCUGAUUUGAGAAGUAAGAAGAAAGGGAAGCAGAAGGUGGCCAAGGAAUCUCAUGUUUCAGAGGCGCUUGAGAAGCUGAGGGAACAGACCCGGGAGGCUGUGCGGGAGUUAGAGUCGGCGACAGCAAAGGCCGGUGGUGAAGAUUUGGGGAAGGACAGAAUGAUGGAGGAUUUUGUUAAGCAAUUUGAGGAGCUUUCUGGGUCUCAGGACAUGGAAUCUAUUGUGGAGACUAUGAUGCAGCAGCUCUUGUCUAAGGAGAUUCUUCAUGAACCUAUGAAAGAAAUUGCAGAAAGGUAUCCAAAGUGGUUGGAGGACCAUGCAUCCAGUUUGAGCAAAGAAGAAUAUGAUCGCUACAGUCGCCAAUAUGAGCUCAUCAAAGGUCUAAAUGAAGUUUACGAGAAGGAUCCUACUAACUUCCCCAAGAUUGUUGAGCUCAUGCAGAAAAUGCAGGAAUGUGGCCAACCUCCUAAUGAUAUUGUGCAUGAGCUUGCUCCGGAUCUAGAUCUAGCCAAUCUUGCCCAAUUGUCUCCAGAGAUGCUUGAAUCUCAGAACAACUGUUGUAUAAUGUAAAAGAUGAUUCAACCUCUCUCUCUCUCUCUCUCUCAAUUACCUUUUCUUUUGUUUUUUCGAGUUCUUUUGCAAGAUGUGGAUAAUAAGAUGAUUUCAUUUGACCUGAAUCCAACAGUAUACCCCUUGCUUCCUAUUGGAACUUUAUGAUAUUUCAAAGUCUUGUUUGAUGA